UUUUUUAGGUCGCGGGAUUUUGACGUCACCCAUUCAUCUGCCGUAGCCUUUAGCUCGACGGCUAACCACUAGCCAUCAACAUGACGUCCUUAUGUUGUUUUUAAGCUGAAAUGUGAAUAUAUAAUGCUGAAUGGGACAGACGGUUGAUCUAAAUCCUGAGCCACUUAACCUGAGAUGCCAAGAUGAGUAUUCUCAAGAGCACUCAUUACAUUGAGCUGGGCGGCUAUCAGUACUGGCCCGUGCUGGUGCCACGAGGGAUCCGACUGUACACUUAUGAGCAGAUCCCAGUGUUUCUCAAAGAGAAUCCAUACAUCACAGAUGGGUACAGAGCACACCUGCCUUCAAAGCUGUGCCUUAAAAGCAUAUUCAUUCUUUCAAAUGAGACUGUGAACAUCUGGAGUCAUCUGCUUGGGUUCCUCUUGUUCUUUUUGUUGGGGGUGAAUGACAUGGCAACGGUUCUUCCAUCUGCAGGGGCGUCACGAGAGGACUAUGUCAUUUAUUCAAUAGGACUCUUUUGCUUUCAGGUGUGCAUGUUGUGCUCUGUGGGCUACCACUUGUUUUGUUGCCACCGUUCCGAGAAAACGUGUCGCCGCUGGCUUGCCCUGGAUUAUGCUGGAAUAUCUGUGGGAAUUUUGGGAUGUUAUGUGCCUGGAGUCUUCUAUGCCUUCUACUGCAACAGUUUUUGGAGGCAGGUGUAUCUGCUGACGGUACUGGCUUUGAUCUUGGCGGUGUUUGCAGCUCAAAUACAUCCACAUUACCUCACACAAAAGUGGAAGAAACUGCGCUCUGCCAUGUUCUGCUCGGUGGCCGGUUACGGCAUCAUCCCCGCCUGUCAUUGGGUCUGGCUCAAUGGAGGAUUUAAUGCAGAUAUUGUACACGUGUUUUUACCUCGAGUCAUGGUUAUGUAUCUGAUUGCUGCCUCUGCGUUUCUUUUCUACAUCAGUAAAAUCCCAGAACGCUACUUCCCAGGUCAGUUGAACUAUCUUGGUGCCAGUCAUCAGCUCUGGCAUGUGCUGGUGGUGGUUAUGUUCUACUGGUGGCACCAGACCGCCAUCUACAUCAUGAAGUACAGACACAAUCAGCCCUGCACAGUCUACACAAGCAGCGGUUAACACAUAAGUCACAUGACUACGGUUACAAAAUCAUGCUGUUUAAGGUUUAACAAAUGCAUUUGGUUAUUUUGUUGGUGGCAUUAUUUUAAAUUAUGCUUGUACUUGUUGCACACUUGAAUUUUUUCCUCUCAUUUGCCUUCGAACAACGUAUAGGGUUACGUGCAAUGAAAUCACGUUUGUUUUGUGAAAUUGAUUUCCUCUGCUUGAACAAACAUAUUCAAACAUAUGUGUUUUCUUUGCUGGAUAUCUGUUACGAUGAGGUCCUUUGCUUUGUACUGAGCCCUUCAUAUGUGGGAUUAUUUGGGAUUUGAAACUAUAUGCUGUUACAAUAUCACCUCACUUUUUGGAAUGUCUGUUAUUUACUAUCACUGUUUUGUUUUGUGGUUGUUGAAUUGUUUGGUAUAUAAUACUGUUUGUUAUCUUUUUAACGUUUUUUGUUUUAAUAAAAGGAUGAUGUUUGAGGUAUAGUGAGCAUAAGAAAGAUUCAAAUGAGCAAGUAAGCAGUGCUAAAUGUGAAUAAAGGGGGGAAUAAUACUAUACUUGCACUGAAUUGAAUAUGAACAAGUAUUCAGAGUGAAACCGCAGAAAAGAUUUGAUUUUCCAGUGUUUAUGUGCGAUUUUAAUAUUGGAAUGAUAUAAACUGUCUGAAAAUCUGAAUGCUGAAAUAAAAUGCUUUCUUUUGCUAUA